GAUCAUCAGAAGGUGGAUGAGCUUCAACUCUCAUAAACUCCUCCAACAUCUCCUGAUUGUGCUGAUCUACUCCAGGCUGGACCUCAUACUGGAUCACGUUCUACACACACGGGGAGGAAUAACAGGGUAUCUGUGGGUACUUGAAGGUGAAACGAACACUGAACAGACAUUGUGACAGAGCUGUGGGGUGAUUACUCUGAGAAGAACCAGUGUGAGGAGGAUCUGAGGAGGAUCUGAGGAGGUUCUGUUUCCCGCGCUUUGACACCUGAACUCUUUCUGAGGUAAAAACUUUCUGAGGUGAAUUUGAACUCGUUGGUUUGGACCAUGGCGAGAUGUGGAAACUCCUUCCCGACCCCCACACACACUCAUCCGUUCAUCCACGAGGUCAGCCUGAGCUCUCUGCUGAAGAUCCGGGGUAUCAUACUGGGGUGUCUCCUGUUCCCAGUGAGGAUCACCCUGUCCACGCUGUUUUUCCUGCUCAUGUGGCCGGUGGCUCGGCUCCGGCUGGCCGGCCUCUCUGCGGAGGAGAGAGCUAUACCGGUCCGGGGCUGGAGACGCUGGCUCUACCAUCCCGUCAUGUGCUUCCUCAGUCGGUCCGUCUUCUUCUCCAUGGGCUUCCUGUGGAUAAAGGUGAAGGGUCGACAGGCCGGCCAGAAGGAGGCGCCGGUGCUGGCCGUAGCCCCGCACAGUGGGUUCUUGGACAUGCUGGUGCUGCCCGUGUCCGGUCUGCCCAUGGUGGUGUCGCGUGUGGAGAACUCCAAACUGCCGGUGAUCGGAGCUCUGCUGGAGUUUAAUCAGGCGGUUCUGGUGAGCAGGAAGGACCCCGAGUCCAGGAGGAAAUGCGUCUCACGGAUCAAGGACAGACUCACCGCAGACGGGUACUGGCCUCAGAUGCUCAUGUUCCCUGAAGGAACCACCACCAACGGCCGGGCCCUCAUCAAGUUCAAACCCGGUGCGUUCCUGGCAGGUGUUCCAGUACAGCCCGUGCUGCUGCACUACCCCAACAGAACGGACACUGUGCGCUGGACCUGGAGGGGAGCAUCAUGGUUGGACUGUCUGUGGUACACGUCCUCUCAGCUCUACAGUAACGUCACUGUGGAGUUCCUUCCUGUUUACACGCCGUCUGAGGAGGAGAAGCAGAACCCUGAACUGUACGCAGAUAACGUCCAGAAACUUAUGGCCAAAUCGUUAGGUGUUCCUGCUACAGACUACGUGAUGGAAAGUUUGUUUCCUGUUACUAAGUUAGGAGGUUUGUCACUUCCUCUAGAAUCUCCAGCUAAAGAAACACUCGCACUGCUCAGACACAUCGGCGUGAGCGUGGAUGAGCUGGAGGAGAUGAUGAACAGGAUGAUGGAGAGCUGUUCCUCAGGUCUGAGCUCCAUCACCACAGAACAGUUAAUGUCCCUGCUGAAGCUCUCAGAUCAUCACACUGCACUGAAGAUCUGCUCCCUAUACUCCAAGAGCGACAGGAUGGAUGCCAGGCAGCUGUGUUUGAGUGUGUGUACGGCUGCAGGACUCCGCCCGCCUCAGUCUCUGCUGCACGCUGCCUUCUCGCUGUACGACAGCGAUGGUGACGGCCUGCUGAGUGCAGACGACCUCUCCGGCCUGAUGGGGGCGCUGGUGGGUGUGCCCCAGUACCACAUCACAGAGAUGUACACCGAGCUGAUCAGAACCGGAGAACCUACUGAGGGUGCGCUGUACGAUCUGCUCACCACUCAUCCCACCUAUCAGAAGCUCUUCGGCGAGUACCUCCACCGGGACCGGGCGCGGCACGCCACGGACGACCGGAACCACAACGGGAUUCCCGACGGUAAAUCCGGGGCGUGUCGGAGGAGCGGAGUUCUGAACGGCCGGCCGGGGGGUGGGGGGGGGGUCAGUGUCAGUGAGAAGUUGGAUUGAGGAGGAAUGAUGACGGUAGCGACGUGUGGACAGCAGAAGAUUGUGAGCACACCAGUGUGUUUUAAUGAAGACUGUGUGAGUGUGUGUGUGUGUGUGUGUGUGUGUGUGUGUGUGUGUGUGUGAGUGUGUGUGUGAGUCUGUAUUUAAACUCUUAAAACAAUGGAAGGAUUUAUUUUCUGUUUGUUUUUAUACAUUUAUAUAUGAAGCAAUAAUGUAAACAAAACACUCUCCCAAUCUUUACAUUUUAAUAUAUGACGCAUGUAAAUAAAAUCUUUAUAUUCUCA